GUGCGGAGGAGUGUUUUAUUGGACAGCGAGGAGACCGGGCGACGCGUAAACGCCGCUAUCAUGUAGAGGAGAGGAGGUUAGCGAGAUGUCGACCCAAAACGCACGAGAAUUCCGUUGUCAACGCUCAGCGUUUUACAGGUAAAGGCGAGGGUGAACGGGGCGGGGACCGACAGGACAGGAAGCCGUCUCGUUUCCCGCCGUGGUGGUGGCGACGUCGUGAUCGGCAGGGUCCGGGGGCCCAUGGCCGGGAAUUGUCUCCGUCAGUUCUGGUGGUGGUUGCCGAUCGCGAUCCUGUCCGGGUGCCUUUCCCCCCUCACGGCCGACGCCGGUCAUAUCACCUGCACGUCCGUCUAUCCGGAGGUGGUAUACGGGGAGCGAUCCCCCUCUGACGUGGUAAUCUUCCUGGGCGAGGGGUGCCACAGGGAGAUCAACGUCACCGAGAUACAGGAUCGUGUGGAACGCGUGAAGGACCGGGCUGGUCAGCUCACGAUCAGCGUGUUGCCGAGAUCCCUGACGUGUGAGACUGAGACCGGCGGCCUCGGCGCGCUGAUCCACCUUCUUGGCGGGGGUGACACGAGGGCGGUGAUAGCCACGCUCGACGCUUCGAUUUGCGAGGUAGCCGCUAAGCUCGCGCAUCUUGGGAAUAAACCCCUGCUCACUUGGACCUGCCCGUUGAGAGAUUUAAAGGAGAGGGAUCUAUCAUCGAUUAUUAGGCUCUCCCCGUCAUUACCAUCAAUGGCUGACGCCGUGGCCGAAAUAUUUCUGCACUUGCAGUGGAAGACUGCGACCAUUAUCGGUACAGAUCGCGAGCCGUGGUCCAGCCUGGAUCGUGCUGUGAUCAACGCAUUCCGGAGGAUCGGCGUCGUCCUGCGGUACCACUUGAUCCUCCCCCAUCGCGCCACCCUCGAGCAGAUCCGUAGGAUCCUCAGGUCCGUGCACAGCGUCUCUCGUCGAGCCACUGUGCUUUGUCUGCCGCUACUCGACGAGAUAACGAGCCGUGUCCUGAUCGAGCUGGAUGUCGCGUGGCAGACGUAUAUUCAGAACUCCGCCAUUCUGAUGAUCCACACGGAGGAUAUCGACCCCUUUCUGCCGAAGGACGACUCGCCGCCCCUCAUUCCGUCGACCCUGGCCCGUCGACCCUCCACGAUCACCACUCAGUCUUCCAAUUUUUCUACCUCGAAUGUAACACACGCCGGCAUAAACGCGACUCUCAAGAGCGAGGGGAGGACCCACACGUUGCAGCAAACUCCACCACGCUUUGCUCCGCCAAGGAAUCUCAGCAGCAUUACGUUGGAAAAUCUGCUGGCGAUCGCGCCCCUCGAUCAAAGGUACGACGUGCGGAGGAUCUUCAACGGCACGCAGAACUACGCGACGUUGGGGUUGCUCGACCACCUGAAUGAGUCGCUGAGCGUGCUGACGCGCGACAACAGCACCCUCGACCGCCAUAACAACAAGAUGUACACGUACGCGCUGAUGGAUUGGCGCGACGACGGCUGGGAGCCAAUCCUCGCGGUGAUCGAGCGACGUCGGCAUCGGUUGCUGGUCCAGCAGCUGACGCCGAGCGCGGUCGCGUCCUUCAACGUCGAGGCACCCGACCUGCCGUCCUGCGACGACGACGCCGACUGCCCGGGUGGCUUGGCUGACAUGUCUUUCCGUACCACACAUAUCGUAGCUAUUAUUCUGGGGUCGCUGCUGUUCACCUUUGUCGCCAUCGCCGUCGCGAUUAUAGUUCGGAGGCGAUUGCUCAAGAAAAGAAUGUCUAAAGGCCCGUACAAAAUCAUCCUGACGACGUCAGAUUUUGUUUUUCCUCAAGUGCCUCCAGUAGAUUCGAGAACGGUAGACGAGGGCAUCGAGGCGAUGCUCUGCUGCUGGCUGCAGCAGCUCCAGGAGUUCGGCGGACCGGAAGUCGAGAAGCCGGAUCUGCUCCAGCUCGGUAGCGUCAACUCCCUUAGACCGUAUCUGCAGACCGGCGCCGGAAAUGUACCGCGGCACACCUUCCUUAAGGAUCCGCGUGCUAGGUAUAACGGUGACUUGGUUCAAUUGAAGGAGCUGCCCUUUCAAGGUACGUUCGAAGUGAAGAGCAAGGCCAUGGACGUGCUGGUCACGAUCCACGGGCUGCGGCACGAGAACCUCAAUCCCUUGAUUGGAUGCCUUAACGAACCUACGAGACCCUGCCUAGUGUCGGAGUACUGUUCGAGGGGCUCCUUGGAGGACGUGCUCGUCCAGGACGAAAUUAAACUCGACUGGUCCUUCAGAUUAUCCCUGCUUACCGAUCUGGUGCGGGGUAUGAGAUACCUUCACAGUACCCCCAUUCGCGUUCACGGCUAUCUCACUUCGCGCAAUUGCGUGAUCGACGCAAGGUGGGUUCUGAAAGUCACCGAUUACGGUCUGCCUGCAUUUUAUGAAGCGCAGAACAUAGUGCCGACGGCGAAAACAGCUCGAGACCUGUUAUGGACCGCGCCGGAAUUGCUUAGGUAUCCGAGUCUACGGAAGAGGGGCACCCAGCCAGGGGAUGUCUACAGUUUCGGAAUUAUCAUGCAGGAAGUCGUCGUCCGCGGGGAGCCAUUUUGUAUGCUUGCCCUAUCUCCGGAAGAUAUAAUCGAGAAAGUGAUGAAGCCACCACCCCUAAUCAGACCGUCGGUCAGCAAGGGCGCCGCGCCACCGGAAGCCAUAAACAUCAUGCGCCAAUGCUGGGCAGAAACUGCUGAAAUGAGGCCCGACUUCGACGACGUGCACGAUCUCUUCAAGAAACUGAAUCACGGGAGGAAAGUAAACUUCGUGGACACGAUGUUCCAAAUGCUCGAGAAGUACUCAAAUAAUCUGGAGGAACUCAUUCGUGAGCGCACGGAGCAGCUUGAUAUGGAGAAGAAGAAAACCGAGCAAUUGUUGAAUAGAAUGUUACCAAGCUCGGUCGCCGAAAAACUGAAACUCGGCAUGCCCGUCGAUCCCGAAGAGUUCCGCGAGGUCACAAUCUAUUUCUCGGACAUUGUCGGCUUCACGACGAUAUCCGCGCGCUCAACGCCCUUUCAGGUGGUCGAUCUUCUGAAUGAUCUGUACACCUGCUUCGACGACACGAUUAACGCGUACACGGUCUACAAGGUGGAAACUAUCGGGGAUGCCUACAUGGUCGUUGGCGGCUGCCCUGUGAGAAUACCCGAUCACGCAUCCCAAGUGGCAACCAUGGCACUUGACCUGCUACAUCAAAGUGGAAAAUUCAAGCUAAAACACCUCCCGGACACGGCACUCAGGCUACGCAUCGGUCUCCAUACUGGCCCGUGCUGUGCCGGCGUGGUAGGUCUGACGAUGCCGCGAUACUGCCUCUUCGGCGACACGGUGAAUACCGCCUCGAGGAUGGAGUCGACCGGGGCACCUUGGCGUAUCCAUUUGAGCCAGGCGACGAGGGAUCGAUUGACACAGGUCGGCGGAUACCACAUCGAAUACCGCGGUCCCACCGACGUCAAGGGCAAAGGCAAGAUGCCGACGUACUGGCUACUCGGCAAGCAGGGCUUCGACAAGGAGCUCCCUAUGCCGCCACCCCUCGGGGAGAACCAUGGGCUCGACGAGAGUCUGAUGCUCGGAAGCCAUCAGAGCGGUCUGUCGAGCGAGUCGAUAGGCUCGCAGCUGCCCGUGAUCCCGUCACAGGAUGAGGCACACGAAGAUCCGCCAAGUUUCGCUGAGCCGCAACCCGAUCGCCAGGAUUCAGUCAGCAGCGGAGUCGCCAACGGCGACAGUCGGGCUGCGUCCUUCGAGGAGGCCGCCGGUAUCAGAAGGGUCGCGGUUUCUGUGCAUGAUGAGCGGGUACAGCUACUGCCGAGCUACUCGCUCAAGUCCAGCAGCAGCGACCCCACUGAGGCCGGAAGGCAGGAUGCGGGGAUGAAGAACGAAAGUGAAAUUCGCGGCGGGACCGUGACUAAGAGCCCUUCCGGUGACACGCAGGCGUCUCUCGGCGUGGCGUCGUCGAUGUCCAGCGCCGACCCGAGUGCGGCGAUCCUCGGCGCGUCCACCAGCUCGCUCACGUCGAUCGCCAGCUCGGCGACGUAUCGGCAACCGCCGGCGAGGUAUCGCCGCUUCGUCGCCGGCUGCAUCGACGAGAACGACCUGAGCACGCCGUACAAUCAUUAUAGGUGUCUAUCGCCUAAUGAACAUCACGGGAAGGGUCCUGGAUGCCGGAUGCUCAAGAGGCAAUUCAGCCUGGACCGUCCGGACGAGUCGGUGUCCAUAAUCCCGGAUCAGUCCAGCGCAGUCACCCAGCAUAGGCCGACUCCUCGUCUCUACAAGCAAAACAGCGCGGGCGCAGCCAAUGACUUGGAGAGGAUCGAGGAAGUGCCGGCGAUCACCGCUGGGCCCCUCCUCCACAAUUAUCGCCAUGCCGCUUCUGUUUCCCUCUCCGUCGAGUCCCUUUCGUUACGUUGAACUCUUGUUGGAAAAGGAGGAAAUUCUAGUCAUUAUGAGCGUAAAAUCGAACAUGGCACACGUGAAGCAGCAUAAGAGAGAGAGAGAGAGAGAGAGAGAGAGAGAUGCAAUUACGUUAUAAUGAAUAUUAAGAGUGUCUUUAUCAGUCGAUCAAACGUGCGUCAACGUCGGUUAGCUUUAAUCUUAGUCCGACUUAUUUUUUUCUAUCGGAACUAAUUCUAGCUUUAAUUGUUAACGAUAGUCGUACUUUUAGAGAUAAAUCGGAGCAACCAAUUGAAAUUAGAGAUUAAUCGAUGGAAACCGGUUCCCUAAACUAUUCGCGCUAACAAGUAUAACUGAAGAAAGGACUAUCCUAAGUAUCGCUGCAACUUUGAGGGAGCAACUUUAAGGGAGGAGCGGCAGUUUUGAAGCGCGUGAAGUAACGCGUGAAUAUUCGCGCCGUCGUGACUCGUUGCUGCCUCGUUUGCAUUUUUCAUUCGGAUAUACGUACGUUUCAUGUCAAUGUUUAUAGUAAAAUACCCGCGGGCAGGGGAGUGCAGUUCUAUAGCUAGAGAUCUAAUGAUUAAGCGUGUUGUAAAGUGAUUUCACGAUAAUCGUAAUCGUUGGUGCCAAAAUUAGAACUGGGACUCGCAGGCGAACCGUUCUUCGAAAUCCCUCCGAUGUGUACCUGUCACUGUGUUGCACUGUGUUGCAUUCAACUUAAACCUGUCAUCGAUAGGUGACUUCCGGUCGACGACAUCGAGCCGUCGUUCAUCGUGAGUCUCUUGUUGACACGGACGUCCAGCGGAUAUUCCACUGGAUGUCCACGUGGGAUUCGAGCGAUGGAAUAUUUGGAAUAUCGAGUGCCGGGGAAAUCCCGGAUAUCCAGGAAAUUCUAUUGCAUCUCCGCGCCACGAUUCGUGCUACGAGACGUGAGGCGAUCCUUACAGGAGUGUACUGAAACGUACUUGAUAUUUUAGACGACUAACGUAUCUCUCAUUUUCGGAUUUUUUCACGAUAUCGCUUUCCACUUAUAACGUAAGAUCGUUUUUUCUACCUUGCUAAGAAUUGAAUGUCGUCCCCGUAAUUGUACCUACCAUCUAUUGUCGUCAACGAUCGCGCAUUCUUUAUCGAGUAUACCCGCCAAGUUAAGCCAAGUCGAGUUACUAAAGUCGAUUUAAAUGAAAAUGAGAUUCUAAUGUGAUAAGAUUGUACCUUUACGACGUAUGUAUCUCGAAAGGUGAGAAACAGAUUUAUAGACUAUUAAUUAGGUUAUUAAAAAAAAGAAAAGAAGAGCAAACCAACCGAACGGAAUAUUUAUCGAGUCGGCGUUCAUAAUUUUUUGCUAAAUUAUGUCUCGAUGAAAAAGAUCCAGCUUUUCUACGUGACGAUUAUGUCUCUCGGUCAAAGUUCAUGGUGCGAUUGGUGGACCAUGAUAUCGAUCGGAAAAGAAGCUUUUAGAUGGCGAUCAGCGAUCAUCUCCCAAUUAGACGACAGAGAAGCGCUUCGCUAAUCAGCAGGUACGUAAACGUAAGUACGAUGAACGUUGUUAUCCUUAUCACAUUUCUGGCCUAAUGGCGCCAUGAUAGUGGAAGAAACACUCGGUUUUCAUGAUGCGCUGUUGUCUUAUGGGGUGGAGUGGAUUAACAAAGACGGUGUCUUAAGACAUGUGUGGGCGCUCGCGAAAAGUGGAUAAACACUUUAGCCACAAGUAGAUCAAGACUUUAUCCGCAAGUGAAUAAAGACUUUACUCUUCAAGUAGAUAAAACGCGAUUACGUUCUCACGUUUUGUAUUCCCUUAACUUUGUUUCCCGGAAACUUCGCGCUCGCGGAAAGCGAAGUACGCGGGAGAUAAAUCAAAUAAAAUAUUACUGAAUCUCUCUCCGCGCUGUUCUUCCAGCUGCUAAUUAUUUGAUUGAGCGCACAUUUCUCCAGUAACUUUUUAACCUUCUUUUUUAUUAUCUUUGUGUUAUUAUUAAAACACACUGGAAAAUUUUAUUUAAGUCUAUUCUGCAUGUUGAACGCAAAGAGUGCAAUCUAAACAGUCCAUUUUUGUGGCUUAUAAUUAAAAAGCUAAUUACAUCAAUAAAGCACUAUUAAUGAUCUGAACAUUAAAAUAAACUGUAUGUUAUUAAUAUUUUGCUAACGAUGGUAUCUCUUAUCAAUGACAUACUAAAACCUGUAACUUAAGCAAUCGAUCUGAUUAAGGAUCUUUAAUCGAGCUACAUCAAUCAAUCAAUUAAUUAAUUAAAUUUGAAUAUUGCAAUUGAAAGGGUUGUGAUAAGUCGAGAUUCAAUCAGAAAAGUACGACUGAUUCUAUGUCGUUGCUUUUAAAAGAUCGACGAGCAAAGAUCAGUCUUUGCCGUGUCGCAACUGACGUAAGAGAUGGCAGAUCGAUUUUGGAAGAAUUUCUAUGUGCGUCUUGCGUCAAGUGAGAUUGCUAUGCAACACUUCCUUUGUGAUCAUAAAUCGUGAACGCCAGCGAAGUGAGAAGAAGCGUGACGCUUCGGAUGACAGAUGAUGUGACGUAAACAUCCGGAUAUUGUCAAGUGAUCAUGAUAGACGAUAUUCCGUUGACUGUGCGAAUGACGUGCUGCGAUCAAAUAUUUGAUCAUCGAGAUCGAAGCGGAGCUGUUCGAUAAAUUAUUUAUUAAUUUCUUACAUCGCGACUUGAGAGAGAAAUAGAGAGACGUCCCGUUAAAAGCAAUUCGAGAAACAAAAAAUA